AUGGAGGAGGAGUGGAGGAUAUCCCAAAACGUGUUGAGAAAUUGCAGCAUUCAAGAACUGAUGGAAACCUUCGGAGUGGUGAUGACUGACACCAAUUUUGAAUUUGCGAAUAGUGUUUACCACCAGAAGUACGGCAUUCCGAUGGGCUCUCUAGUAAUGGUUGCUCUAGCGGAUCUUUACAUGGAUCACCUAGAGGACAAACAAAAGAGGCUGGAAGCUCAGUGGAUUACAUUAGCAGACGAGGCAGCAAUGGCCGAAUACGUUUUGCCACUGGAGCAGAGGUGCAUCACUAUAUUCUGUCUGAAUAUGCUAGCAAAGAGGACGCCUUCACUUGAAUCUGACAUUUCUGUCUAUCGGAAACCAAUCCAUUCCGAUCGAUACCUCUAUCCGGUGUCCCAUGUCCAUCCUGGUUUACUUGAGAACGUUGUGAAGUAUAUGCGAUUACAAACCCAAGAAACCUGUACCAUCACUUCUGGCCCAGACGCGGAAAUUCAACAUCCGUAA